AUUUGUACUGCGAUCAGAGACGUUAUAAAUUGAGUCCAAUUGAAUUCUCGAUUCUCUCCAUCUGGCACAUUGGAAGAAGCUCUUUUUUGCCCUGUCAGUAAAGCUGAUGAAUGUGCUGUGAGCGAGAUGCAGGCUGGGCAGUGCUUCCCAGCUGGAUCCCUGCCAGAGCCCAGGUAUCUCCGUGGUGCAGCUGUAAUCCGAGACUCUGCAAAGCCAGGAGCCCGAGCAGUGGGUUUGUGCAGAAGUUCCUGUUCAAGCCUCAGGUGUGACUGAACACGUUUGUGUCACGGGAGCCAAAGGCAGCCUGUUCCACACUGGAGUCCUGCAAGGAAACCUCUGCUUGGGUACAGAUGGAGCCCUCCCCACGGAUAUCUUCUCUUUCUCCACGUUCUGAGCAGCCCUGCAGUCACAGCUCACCACUUCAGUUGUAGAAAUCUGAAAUGCACGUUUGGAAAUCUGAAAUAGUUGCUCUGCAAAGAAUAUUUUCCAUGGAACGGUCUACAAGUGAGGCUCCAAUCACAUUCUAGAAAGCAGAAAGUUCUAACUGGAAAUGCAUCUGGUCCUUCCAGCCGGCCUGGAAGAGCACUUGGUGUGGAGGGUUGGGUCCUGAGACAGCAGCAGUGAAACAAAAACCACAUGAGCCUGAUCCACAGCUCCCUGCUCGUGUCCUCACUGAAGAGUGAAAGCUGCUGGAAUUCAGAAUUUGCCCUUCCUUCUACUCUAGAAGAUAUGAUUUCCAGGAGAGUGGUGGUGGGAUCUCUUGUCUGCCUGGGUGUUGUUGCUGCAGUUAUCUGGGCUACAUCUGGGAGUGGAAAAGUGCAGUACCUGCCCUACUACCUUCCGUGCCCUGAAAUCUUCUCCAUAAAACUCCAAUAUACAGAAGAGAAGCUAAUCCAGCUUUUCCCCCAAUUAUUUUAUCAGCAGCCAAGAGUGCUGGCGCCAAACCACCAGGAUGUGCUGACAGUCACACCAUGGCUGGUCCCCAUCAUCUGGGAAGGGGCCUUCAAUCCUGAGAUCCUGGACAGUGCCUACAGACUGAACCUGAGCAUAGGGGUGACAGCCUUUGCUGUUGGAAAGUACACGAGGUUUGUGCGGCGCUUCCUGGAGUCGGCAGAGUGGCACCUCCUGCGGGGCUCCCAGGUGAACUAUUACACCUUCACAGACAGCCCCGAGGCCAUUCCCCACGUCCAGCUGCAGCCAGGGUGCAGGCUUGUCACCAUCCCCAUCCAGAACUACUCCAGCUGGCAGGACAUGUCCAUGUGCAGGAUGGAGACCAUCAACCAGCACGUGGCCGGGGUGAGCCAUCGGUGCCUCUUCUGCCUGGACAUCAGCAUGGUGUCCCACAGCCCCUGGGGCCCCGAGACCCUGGGGGAUGUGGUGGCAGCCAUCCACCCUGGGUACUCCCAAGACCCCUGAGAGCAGUUCCCUUGUGAGAGGAGAAGCUCCUCGGCAGCCUUCAUCCCUGAGGGAGAAGGGGAUUUCUACUGUGGAGGAGCCGUGUUUGGAGGCUUGGUCAGGAAGGUCUAUGAGCUCACCAAGACCUGCCACACGACCAUCCUGGAGACAAAAGCCAAAGGGAUUGUGGCAGCCUGGCAGGAGGAGAGUCACCUCAACAGGCACUUCCUGUGCCACAAACCUUCCAAGGUGCUUUCUCCAGAGUAUAUAUGGGAUGACAGGAAGCCAAAGCCCCCCAAAAUCCACCUCAUCCGUGUUUCCACAGUGGAUAAGAACUACAGAGAGGUCCGAGACCGUCUGAUCCCUGCAGAGAGAUCAUCCACACAAUCAAAGCCACCAAAAUUAGCUCCCACAGAAUGUGCCCCACCAUGAAUUUUUGUUCCUUGUAGGAACAAACUGGGAAGGGAACAUGUUGAUAGUUCCUCUGGAGAACAGAGUCAAAAUGCAUUUCAGAAGCAGCAGUCACAGUGCAGGUGAGACUGAAAAGGUUUCUGGAUUCCUACUCUUUGUAAAUACAUCCUGCUUGAGGCUGUAGCACACAAAAAAACAUCCAAAAGGCCAGUUAUCCAAUGCGUGGCUGCAGUUGCCUUUGCCUGAGUGUUUUCCUGAGGCCUGGCGGAAACUUAACAAGAUCAAAAUGAUAUUUGACAUUCCUGUGGAGAAGGAGAAGACCUUGAGUUCUGGUAGAGACCUUUUCACUUAAAAAAAAAGAACAUUGCAGGGCAAUAAAUUUUCCAAAUUGUGAUUUAAACUAACACCCUUUGUCAGAAUCAGGAGUAAGCUUGCACUUGGAGUAUGUUACCCCUGACUAGUGUGCAGCAGGAUUUCUUGGACCUUCUCAGCAGAGAGCUGGUGCCAGGCAUUGCCAGUAAGAGCCCUGGUCUGACAGGACAAACAGUGUGAACUCAUCUAGCAGUUAUCUCCCAAAUUCCCAUCUGUGCUUUGGAGACCCAAGUUUAGACAGAACUGGCACAGCUCAGAGCAGACUGAACUUCUUCGGGUUUAUUUCAAUCACAGAUGUGCUCUGAACCUUUUCCCUGGGUCACAUGUCUCUGUGGAUCAUGUAAUCUUUUCCAACA